CUUUCAGGGUCGGGGGAUGAAAUAAAACAAUCCCAAGCGGGUGAUUUACACAACCAGGAGUUCUUUCCAAAAAUGGCGUUUCUGUCCGAAAAGUUUCUAUUUCACUGGGAGUAUUCUCCGGAGGUAUGCGCAUGGCAUUUGGUUCAGCCUGGCAUUUGGUUCAGUUUGGCAUUUGGUUCAGCUUGGCACUUAUUCUAUCGAUCUAGGCAAUAUAUCUACCGUGAAAUAAUAAAUAUGACUUAAGACUGAGUCCACGAUAAUUAUUUGAAAAUAA